UCGCCAUAAAUUAUAUCUUCGGUCAACGUAACCUGUGAUCUCUUUGGAGUCAUUGCCGUUUGCCAGGUGGUUGUGAAUGGGCAAAUAGUUCACGUUAGAGGAACUGUUGUUUACUUGAAAAGCUGUCACGCCAGUCACUGAGAUUUUUACAGACUUUUAACACAACUUCUUCAAAUAUACUACACAUUCAUAAAGGCACAAAUAUGCCGUGUCCUUUUAUGUCAUAUUUGUCUCCAAAUUUUGUUCGCAAUUAUGGAGCCAAUCUUAUUAAAACCUAUGGAAAAUUCUGUCCCGUGAUCUCACGCCUUGUCACUACUGUGGCAUCAGUUGAUUCAAAUGCUGAAGCAGCAGAUGCCAUGAAAAAGUGUCCUUUUCUAGCAGAGGUUACACCUUUGGUAAAAGAGGCUAGCAAAGAAAUGCAAGAUGAUGUUAUUGAGCUGUCUCCAUCAGCAGAAAAAGUGGAGCAGAUAAGAGAAGAAAUUUCAAAGUUAGAAGAAAAAGAUAUUACUGAAAAAACUGAAAUUCCUUUGAAAAAGAGCAAAACUGGUGAUGACAUCUUCCAGUAUGAGGAAUUCUUUCAUGAACAGAUAAUGCGAAAAAAGAAAGAUCAUUCGUACCGUAUAUUCAAGAAAGUUAACAGAUUGGCAUCCGCAUUUCCUGCUGCAUAUGAAUAUAGUUGGGGUGAAAGGCCCAUUACAGUUUGGUGUUCAAAUGAUUAUCUCGGGAUGUCAUGUCAUCCAAAAGUUAAGGAGGCUGUGAGGCAAGCCUUAGAGACCCAUGGAGCUGGAGCUGGAGGAACUCGUAACAUUUCUGGAAAUUCUAUGUUUCAUGAGAAGUUGGAAGCUGAAUUAGCAUCAUUACACCAAAAAGAAGCUGCACUCCUGUUCACUUCUUGCUUUGUAGCUAAUGAUUCUACCCUGUUUACUCUUGCCAAAGCUUUGCCUGGUUGUCACAUAUUUUCUGAUGCAGGAAAUCAUGCUUCAAUGAUUCAUGGUAUUCGUAACAGCCAUGUGCCCAAACACAUUUUUCGUCACAAUGAUGUAAAGCAUUUGGAGGAGCUUUUAUCAACGUUACCUGUUUCUGUCCCAAAAAUUGUUGCAUUUGAGACUGUUCAUUCAAUGACUGGAGCAGUUUGCCCAUUAGAAGAGAUGUGUAAUGUAGCACACAAAUAUGGAGCAAUUACAUUUGUAGAUGAAGUCCAUGCUGUAGGUCUGUAUGGACAUAAUGGUGCUGGCAUUGGAGAGCGAGAUGGGCAGCUGGAUAACAUGGAUAUUAUUUCAGGAACAUUGGGGAAAGCAUUUGGAAAUGUUGGAGGCUACAUUGCUGGUUCAGCUAAUCUUGUGGAUAUGAUAAGGAGCUAUGCUGCGGGUUUCAUCUUCACAACAUCUUUGCCACCUACUGUGUUAUCUGGAAGUUAUGCUGCAGUGCAGAUUCUUCGUUCACCUGAAGGUCGAGCAUUGCGUGCUAAGCACCAACAGAAUGUUCGGUAUUUGCGCGAGAAGUUGAUAGCUGCUGGUUUUCCAGUAGAACCCACACCGUCUCAUAUUAUCCCCAUAAAGGUUGGUGAUCCAAUUAGCUGCAGUCAACUAUCUGAUGAGCUGAUACAAAGGUUUGGCCACUAUGUGCAGAGUAUCAAUUACCCUACUGUCCCCAAAGGGCAAGAGAAAUUACGACUUGCGCCAACACCCCAUCAUACUCCUGAAAUGAUGAAUCGUCUUGUGGCAGACAUGAGAGAUGUUUGGAUCACUAUUGGUCUUCCUCUACACAACUCGUAAGAUCACCAGGCUUUCAAUAUGACAAACAUCAGUGCUGCCAGUCUCUGAACAAACUGGGACAUUUUAAUUGUUCCAGAAUUUUAACAGCAUCUUUGCAUCUCAACGCUGGUCGUUUCAAGGAAUAAGAUGCUUAUGACCAAAAGUCCAAAAACAAAUAAUUUGCUUAAUAGGUUGCUCUCUUUAGAUCAAGUGAUCUGAUUUAUUGGGUCUCAAAUUUAUUUUUAUAACAAUUUUAGAAAAUUAUUACAGUAUUUAUGUGUUAUUGUGAACUCUCAGGUUUUAAUUACUCUAAUUUUAGACAGGUGAUUAUCAUAUUGCUCCAUGUCUAUGUGGAAGUGAAUUUGAUGAAGGUAUUACUUAUGAUGUAAUGCUACAUUUCUAGCUGGAAAGCAUGGAUUUCUUUCUGAUCCUUUGUUUAGUUUUACAAGAAAUUUGAAAUUUUGCAUUUUUAAAAAAGUAUCAAGUAAUUUAAAAAGAAUACUUUUCCUACAAACCGUGUGUGUGUCUGUGCGGGAUAGAGGGGAGAAAUUGUAAGUUUGGUGGAAAAAAAGACCAAAUUUUAACUUGCAAUUCAGUGUGAAACUUUUAAUGUGUUAGAAAUUGUUCACUAUCACUGGUCAAUUUCUGGUGAUACUACAUCCAACGUAUCCUAAAACAAUAAAGUAAUAAUGUAAUUAUAUCCUUCUCUGAAAUUAAAUGCUUGAAGAAAAAGCUCCAAUGUAGGAAGAUUAAAAUUAUCAGCAUUACUACAGAAAGAAAGUAUCACUGGGGUUUAUAAAUAGAAUACACAGCAGCAUUAGUUUGAAUAUAUUUAUUGUGAGUAUAUUUCGUGGAACUAGCCCAACAUUUUGUGUAGUGUAAGCUAUAUUUUGUAGUUUUUCUUUGUUUGAACAUUAAACAAGGAUCAAUUACAGUAUGCAGCCAUUAAUUUGGAAUGACACUUUAUUGACAUGAUUAUAUUCUGUUCCUAUAUGAGGAGCACAAAAUUUCAUUUCAGGUGAUCUCCAUGUGUUGGAUUGAUUGUAUGUUGCACAUUCCUUUGCCUUUCACUGCCACAUGUGUUUCCAUUAAGAAGCCUUACAUAGCCAUUUUCUAAUGGAGACCACUCACUCAAAUAUAUUAUGUGCUGAUGUGUUUCAUUGACAUAGGCCCAAGUCAAUAUGGCUGAAAUUUUGAACAUGUAAUUCUUCACAAAUUAAACCACUGAUUAUUUGUAAUGUCAUGCUGUGCAAACUGUGGAGUGUGUAAUGAUUUAUAAUCAGAUGACUUUGUUAUUGAGGAGACAUUAAAUCUUAAUUGUCCUUCCUUUUUUUCUACUUUCUUAAUGCAACAUUAGUAUUAAUUAUACAAUUUUUUGUGCUAGUUGGUGGUGAAUAGUACUGCUUAGUUUAAAGAAAAUGUGGAUAUUUCUUUGACUUUGCCAUUUAACUGGCAGAUAGAAGUAUUUGGCAAGAUAAAAGUGUGUUGGUAAUAAUUUUGUUUAAAAAUGAAAAUAUUUUAUACCUUAUGUCAAGGAAACAAUGAACAUGUAAAAGAAGUUAGUGGCUUGCAGGCACACAGGCUCUGCAAUUUCAGUAACUUGGAUUUUAGUAUAAUCAGAUGUGCAAGAUAUUUUUGGUCAUUUUUAAACUCCUCUUUGUCCUGCAUUAUGAGCACAGAGCUAGUUUCAUGUUCUGUAGUGAAUGUUGCAUUUACACUGUUGAUUGUGAAAAGCACGUAACAUUCUUGUAUCAAAGAAAUGUUAUUUAGAUACACUUACUCCCCAGUGUUAAAAAAAUCAUAAUUGGGCUGACAGGAGAAUUUUAUGUUUUAGUCUUGAAAAACAGUGGCAUACAUUUGAAAACAUGAUGAUGUACAAAAAGAACGUAAGUUUGGUCUGACUGCUGCACAACACAUUUUGUGAAAAGACACAUGGAUGACAGUUUCUGUAGCCUGAUUGUGAUUCAUGUCAAUGUUGAAUGUGAUCUUUAAUUUACCACCUGCAUGUUCCACUGUUUUGUUUUUGGUUUUGUAAUCUGUUUUCUGUCAGUCUUCAUUUUAAUAAACAGUCUUUAAGUAAUUAGUUACUUGAUUCAGAUUUGAGAUGAUUUUGAGAAACAGAUUUUUCUUUGUAGUUUUCUCAAUUUUGUAGUACUGUAGCAAAUGAAAAAAAGCUAUUUUUAUCUCACUAUAUACAAUCGUGUUCGAGAGUCUUAGGUACUGAGAAGGUACUGAGAUUUGAAGUAAAUUCACAACCAAACUAGUUAAACUGUUGACUUCAUAUUUGUCAUCUGUUAUGUACCUUGUAUUUUGUGAUUCUCAGUUUGUAUGUUUGAGAGAUAUUUAAAUUCUCUCUCUGCCACACACUGUUAGGUGGCUUGCAGACUAUAAAUGUUGAUGUCUUAAUGUAUGGGCAGCAUUAAGAGACUUUAAUUUAUAAUAUGUAAUUCUUUUAAUGCUCUGUGUCAUCAUUCCUACUGAACGCUAAUGAGAGUUCGGUAUACAGUAUUUACAAAUUCGGGUCAAUAUUUUGUGUGCACAAGAAUCAUUAUUUUUGUAAUAAAUUCUAGUCGUUGAUAAUUGUAAUUUUUCUCUGGAUAUGGCAGUUUCAUUAUAAGUGUGAAAAGAAACUAAUUAUGCUGCAUGUGUGUUCAAAAUGGAACAAAUAUAUAAACA